AUGGCACGCCAGGCGGUUGCUCUAGUCCUCAUCGUCACCGUCGCCUUCGCCGCGGCGGUUUCUGCCCAAUCACCCACUAGCUCUCCAUCAUCAUCGCCGGCGCCGGCAUCAAAUUCAACUACGUCCCCCACCCCACAAGCAUCUCCCGCCCCGGCUUCCUCCGCAGAAGCAUCCCCCGCCCCGUCUUCCACCAAUGCCGCCAGCACUCAACCUGCUGGCUCCUCGGCGCCAACCACCGGUUCUUCCGCCUCCCCUAAAGCAGCCUCGCAUUCCCCCCAUGCAGCUGCCACCCCCAAGGAGGCGGCCUCUUCUCCAUCUAGCUCCCCCAGCAGUGAUGCCAGUUCCCCCACCACCACCGAUGCUGCCGAUGCACCCGCUGAAAACCAGCCCGCUGCUGACACACCAGCAUCGAGCGGUGCCGCCUCCUUGAAGUUCUCCGCCAUCUCCGCCGCUGCAGCCGCCGGAUACUUCUUCUUUUAA